UUUUAAUUUUAUUUUCCGCCCUUUUUGCACCUUUGUUUUUUAUUUAGGUUCAUAUUAUGAUUACAAACAGUAGUUUAUCAAGCGUUUUCCUGUUGGCACUUGCUUGUUUUCUGCUGCAUUACCUUUGUUGAGUGUUGUAUUAACUCUGCUUUUCUUCACCACUGUAAAUUCUUCUAGGGCCACCCCACACCCCAAAAAAAGCUACAGAAAAGAAAAGGAAAAAAAAAAAAGAUUAGAGAGGGAAAAAAAUGGGUGAGCUUGAGCCAAAGGUUGAUGCUUUUUUGCGAAAGUUGGAAUGUAUGAUGUAAUGAUUCCAUUUCUUUUCAAUGGUGAAGAUUUUUCCAAAUGAUUUUUUUAUCUGAUUCUACUGUUUAUCAAUCAAUAUCCACAUUUUUGUUUAGUUAAUUUUUUCUUCUAAAUAUAAAAAAUAAAGGUUUUUACAGUUCGAAAAAUUUGGUGCUUGAAGAUUCCUUCAAGAAGCUGCUAAAACUUUUGGUGCCUUCGUAUUAUUAGAAUAAUUUGUGUUAGGAAAUGCAGUUUUCUUUCAGCUUUCUGCGUUAUCCUCUAGUUCUCUAUCUCUUCUUGCGUUUUAAAUUUUAACCCUUUAAUGAAAUUUUGCCUUCUCCCUUUUGCACAUAUGCCAUAGACUAGGGUUCAUAAUUUUAAGGGGUUCUGUGUUUGGUCUGUUAGAAGUGCUAGAUUCCACUUUCUUCUUUAACAUAUAACCAUUUUAUUUUAAUUUUUUUUGGAUAAAUGGAGAAGAGUAACCAGAUUUUGAGUAUGUCACUCUUGUUUAUUUUCCGGGUUAAAUUGUUAUCUGCCCAAUGCUUAGAUAUGAGGAGCAGAGAUAUCUCAAGGGAGCCCUCGUCGUCCCCACAUUCGAAAAAUCGAAUCUUUUUCAGCAUAUUUUUGGGAGUUUUAACAGGAUUGAUUUGUGCCCUCUUGUUUGCUUUGCUCUUGAGGUACUUUGUUAGACACAUUAAUCGAAACCCAGUUCUCAAAGUGGGCCCCGUCGUUUUUUCUCCAAGAAUUUCUCGAAGGACGCUGAAUUUAGCCCUCUGUAACGACCCCCAAUUGCUUGGCUCGAGUCCGAACGGAAAGUAUUAUAAGGCCGUGCUCGAUAAUGGCCUCAAUGUUGCUGUCAAGAGACUCGGCCCGUUUUCCUGCGCAUCUUCUGAAGCCCAUAGCAAGAGAAAGAUAUUGCAGGAGCUCCGUAAACUGGCAUGCCUGAGGCAUAGGAAUUUAAUGAGUUUGAGGGCUUAUGUGUUUGAAUCGGGUGUUUACUCUUUAGUUUACGAUUAUGUGCCCAUGGCAAGUCUUGAGGAUGUGAUGAAAAAAGUGAGGGAAAAUCAGUUGGAGCUUAAGUGGGAAUUUCGGCUUAGGAUAGCGGUUGGGAUUAAUAAAGGGUUGAAUUAUCUGCACUUUUGUUGUGAUCCGAGAAGAUUACACUAUAACUUGAAGCCCUCGAAUGUGAUUUUGGACUCUGAGUUCGAGCCGAGGUUGGCUGACUGUGGAUUAGCUGCGAUUUUUCCAGGCUUUGUUCGAGCAUCAUCGGGCUUCAAUCCACCGGAAUGUUUUCAGAACUCCAGGUACACUGAUAAAAGUGACAUCUAUAGCUUUGGGAUGAUAUUGGGUGUUCUAUUAACCGGAAGGGACCCGAACGACACAUCCUUUGGUAGCAUGGGAGAAUGGCUUAGGCAGCAGAUUCAGCAAGAUGGUGAAGCUCGAGAAGCACUAGACAAGAGAAUCCUUGUUGGGCAACAAGUCGAACAAGAUGAGAUGCUUAUGGCUUUAAGAAUUGCUGUUGUUUGCCUAUCGGAUUUACCUGCUGAUCGACCCUCUAGCGACGAGCUCCUUUCGAUGCUCACUCAAUUAAAUAGUUUCUGAAAUGUGUGUCUGUGUGUGUUUUUUACUUUUCUUUUUUUCUUUUUUUUUUUCUUUUUUU